AUGAAGCUCAGCCCUGACGCUCCCGUCAAUCUGCGAGAAUAUGCUUUCCAGCCUCAUCAAGACUCCUCUUCUCAAGCGAGGACUGGUCGCAGGCUUACUCUACCUAUACAUGUCUACCGCUCGCAUUUUAAUGCUGUCCUUCCUCAAGCCAAGCCAACCAGCAAGUCCGCAAAUAUCGAAGAUGUACAGAAACCACUGGCACUCGGGAUCACCAAGGUGGUGAACGACAAACCGCCAGCACUUCCCGCUAAGCGCUCGAGAAAGUCAGCCUCUGGAACAAGCAAGGCAAGCAGAAAGAACUCAGCGCAAGUCGAAGAGCCUGACGAUGAUGGUCCCGAAGUUGGAGUCUGGUUAGGGGAGAAAUGGGUUGCUGAUCCAGCCGCGGAAGAGAACUUCAGGCCGAUGCAAGCUGACAAGUCAGUGGACCGGAGCGUAAUCGUCGGACACUCCCCUUCCCAAGUAGCUCAAGCAGCGAGCUCUGAGUCAGCUUCCCAAGCUAAUCUAUCCCGUGCUGCCCCCAACUCCACAGGGCUCGCAAUCAGCACUCCACUUCCGCCGGGAAGACAGGAGCUUGGACUGCUCAAGCGUAGACUUCCCGAUACGCCUCGAGACGGUCUGCAUACAUUUUCCUCGUCGCAUCCGCUCCCUUCUACGCCUGCAUAUUCUUCUCUAUAUGUGCCGGCACCCCUGACAUCAUCGUCAGCCGAUCGUCACGAUCAGUCGCUUUUCAUGCCUGGUCCGGACGACGAGCUCGAGAUUGAACCUGAAAAUCCCGCCGAUGGGCUCACCGACGGCAGAUUUCAGAAUGAGUGCUCAUCUCUCUGUGGAAGUGACGGCGAGGACGAGCCUGAGUCUGUGCGAACAUCGAGGCGGAGUGAGCCUACCACGCACCACCGAUCUUCCCAGCGACAGGCCGGAUCUCACCCUCCUCGACCUCUUCGAUCACAACAGAGAGAGAAUACUUACUCUCGACGAGUUCCGAAAGUCCAUCGUUCGGCUAGGACCAGCGACGACAGGCACGAUGUGAUAGGUGAAGACGCCUUGGAGGAUGGCAUUUCGUAUAAUGAAGACCUUAUUCGGAGACGUGUUCAGCCCUCUCAAGCCCAACUCCUGUCUGAAGUCCAACAGACGAGACCUUCUCGACUGACCGUGGGUCAGGCCUCGCAAGAUGACUUUGUCCGACUUGUGACCGAUCCGCACCAAUCGAGAUCGCUCGACCGGAUGGGUGUCUCAAGAUCACCAUCUCUUGCGGGAGCCGGGAACGAGUCUUUCGAAUGGCGAGGUCAAUUUGAUGACGAUCAUUGGCAUACAUAUGAAGAUGAGGAUGAAGAUGAAGAGCACUGCGGUCCACUCCAUGUAUAUGACGAUGAUCUGGAUGUUUCUAUGAGAACCCCAGAGGAUCAAAUUCUGCCAGAGCAUCAACAAGCCGUUGACAGACUCUUCACUUCCUCCCCAGGGUAUAGAGGCCCUCACGAUCCAAAUACCUUUCGGAGACUUUCCGAAAGACUCGCCAUUGAUACCUCUCACGCCUUUCCUCUAGUCCCAACGCAGAAAGAACAGACCGAAACAUGGGACGAAUAUGAGCGUCGGUCACGGCGGCGACGUAAGUACCGUCGCGAUAGAAAGCGGUCAAAGCAUCGACGACUCAAACAUUAUCAUGAUCGGCGUUACGCAGGAGAGCCGAGGCACAGGUACAGAUCUCACUCGACACACCGACAUCGAGAGCAUUCAGAUUCUGGCUCCGGUGAGAAUGAUUGUAACGAUCCGAGACAAGCUUCGCUGCGAAUGAGUAGACGAGAAUCGGUCGCUCCGAAGAUCGAGCGAUGGAUCGAGAAUGCCAGACCGAACAAUCGCAACACUACACAGGAACAAUACGUCCACCCCGCCACUCGCCCUCUUCGACGGGUUCACCGACAUUCAGUAUCACGAAAACGACCCGAUCGCCUUCUCCAGGCCGCUAAGAACGUCCCUCCUGCUUUUCUUCCCGGCAUCGCCACCGUGAAGGGAGAGCAGAAGCGGGACAUUAUGCUACAGAGAUCUCGGCUCGAAUCUUACCCGGUCGAAAAGCACCUCAUUGAAUCAGUCGAGAAAGAUAUUCGUAGACUCGGUCUCGAGAGUCUCACCAAAACAGGGAGAAAGACUCCGCGUACAAAGACUGGAGAUCCACCUACAAGACCUCGACCGUUGCCUCCCAGACUGACGCUUGCUCGACCUGAUGACGAUGAUCUCGGAUCUACAGGAUUUGGAACGAUCACCGAUUCGAUCCAGCAGUUCACCCCAUCACAUAAAGCACAGCGGAGAUAUAAUCCAGCCAAAGUCGUGCCUCUCAAGCCCAAGAUCCCCCAACUCAAGUUUGUCCGGGACACAUCCCCUGCUAGUGCUUCUCGACGGAAGAGGACAGAGAGGAUUGUACAGGAUCAUCUGACCCCGCACCAAGGACCUCUAUCUGAAAGCAGGGAUCGCUCCACUCACUCAUCAUCUCAGGCUGCUCGAUCGUACGUGCGACCCGCUACGCCAGUUGACAACCUCAUUCCGACUUUACGUCGAGUGCCUAUCGGCGUAGGCGUUCGCCUUCUCAAGACACCCGAACAGAGAAGUGCCGAUCUCACAUACUCCUCCGAAGCAAAGACUCCGUCAAGUGCGAGAAUUGCGCUUCGAGUUCUGCGGGACGCACAAGACCAAUCUAUGCUCAAAGGUCUUACUGCCGAAGAGGUCGAACGCCUUACGAGGGAGCUGUCGAUGAUGCCCGGGGCUAAAAAAGGGUGCGGCUCUGGUAUGGAGGCGACCGAAGACACCAGUGCGGGCUCUGCGCUGGAGCCUCAGCCAUUUCCACACGAAAUGGGAAGCGGGGCAAGCGGACUACAGCACGGGGAUGGUGAUGUCGAUAUGAUGGAUCCCGUGACGAGACUCAGUCCAAAGAUUCCUUCAAGAAUUCCUGCCUCCACGGGGACAAGUGAUCCCGUUUCCAUUCAAACGCCUCGAAAUACUCUGACCAGACAAGACAUUUCUGAUGCUGGUCAAAAUCUUGCCGAUGUCCUCAGGGCUCUGACGAGCAAUCAAGCUUCUGCGCUAGGACCAGAUGGGCGGCAAUCCUCCGGACGCCGACCAAGACGGCAAGAGAGGGUGCAAAGAGGCGGAUCGAAGAAGCAGUCGACCCUGGACCCGUUUAUUGAGAAUCGAGAGCCGGGCUGUGCACAGGCAUCGUUCAUGAAAAAGCUUCUACCUGACGGACCUCAACUUUUUCCGAGAAACACGCAAGAAGAAGCAUCCCCCUCUGAAGCAAAUCAAGAUCAGUCUGCAGCUUUCGAAGUCCACAUCGCCAAGCCUCGAGGUCUAAUACUUGAGGGAUUCGAAGAUCAGUCAAACAAUAAGAGACUGGGCAGACAUCCAAUUGAGAGUCUCCCGAGGCCCGCAAGCCAAGGGCAGUCGAGAGGAUCCGCGUUUGUAGUCUCGCGGGGAGUUAAUAGAGGGAUUGCUUCCACGAAGACUGCGCCAUCCCGACUAGGUCUCGGUAAGCCGCACCAAUGCGCCUUCAACGCUCGACCGGAGAACGAUCCCUUCAGCAUGGAUAGAGAGCCUCGAUCUAGAUCAGCAGUCACUCAGCCGUACAAAAACCCAACGACGCCAAAGACUCCGGGCAAGAUUCGAGAAUCUCAAGCUGCGAUGAUUAUCAGUCCAACACAACGGACUACGAGAUAUACAGCCACUCAAACUUUCGACCGGGAUGAAGAGGAUGAAGAGCCCGAACAAGGAGAAGAGGAGGAGGAGGAGGACCGAGAACAACCUGCCGCACCCUUUGUCUAUUCACUGCAAGAGACAGCUUCGAGAAGUCUUCAAAGAUCGCUCGCUCUCCCUCCAGGAAGACAGCCGAGUCGAGCACGAGGAUCUCGACCCACUCGAUCUCGCCGAAUUGUUUCUGCCAAGUUUAAAGCGCCUGCAGUCGUCAAUCGACAAGCGAUGAAGAAGGAUUCUGCCCGUUCCGAGCCACCGACGCAUACAAAGCCCAGCUCUCAUGGCCAAAGCCUGCCUACUCAAAGUCUGGGGCACGGUCCGCUGAGAUAUCAGGUCUUUGAUGAUGAGAUGGAUCUCGAUCAUCCUUACUCAUCGCAAGAAGAAGAAGAAUAUGAGGUCGGUGAACCACUGAGAGGUUUGGACCACUUUUUGGGUCUCGUCGAACUGCCCAGUGCUGAACAGAGUUCGAGGAAUGGAUGUUAG